AUGGCACACAGAGAAGGAAUUACAACGACUCCAAGUGAUUGGACCAUGGUCAAAGCAUCCACACUCGUCAAAGACCAGGAAGUGAUUACCAUUGAGGGCUCUUUACCGGUGGAAGAAGCUUGCAAUGUGCUGAUCAACAACAACAUAUCGUCUGCGCCUGUUUAUGACGCACAAGUAAAGGAAGCGUCAGAGACUUCCAUUGUCCAUGCCCGCUCUUAUGUGGGCAUGUUUGACUAUGGAGAUGUUAUCGCUUAUAUCCUGCUUGUGCUUCAAAAUAUGCCACCCCCAGGCGAUGAGGAGGAGGAGUUGGAUGUUCAAGCCAGAGAAAACUUGACUUUUGAAAUUAAAGACAUUGUGCGUCGUGCCUUGGAAGGAGAGGAAGUACCCGUCAAAUUAGCCAGUGAUCUAUCGCAAAAGAAUCCAUUCUAUUCCAUAAUGCCCGAAGCAACAUUGUUAUCAGCGGUUGAGGAAUUUGCAUAUGGCACUCACAGAGUUUGUGUAUUGAAUCCAGAUGGCAGUAUCAAGGGUAUAUUGUCUCAGUCAACAGUUGCGAAAUACAUCUUUGACAACCAGCGACAUUUCCCAGACAUUGAAUGCAUGAUGAAUAAGACUUUGCGUCAAUUGGGCCUGGGUGUAUCUGAUGUGAUUGCAGUGAAUGCGGAUUCUCCUGUUCUUGAUGCACUUGCAUUGAUGAGCAAGCAUGGCAUUUCGUCUGUCGCUGUGUUGGGACACAUGGGCGUGGUGCUUGGUAAUAUCAGUAUGACAGACGUCAAGCAUGUCAUGAAGAGCUACAGACAUCAGUUACUAUGGAAAACUUGCUUCCAAUUUGUCAGUUUGGUGCGCACGCAGCAAGGCAUUGAUGAUGGACAGGACCGAUUACCUGUGUUUGAUGUCCGUUUGGAUACCACCUUGGGAUUCGCUGUAGCCAAAUUGCUGGCAACUAAAUCUCACCGCGUAUGGGUCAUUGAUGAGAGAGAAAGAGCUAUUGGUGUUGUAUCCAUUACAGAUGUCAUGCGAGCUUUUGCCUCUAGUGCAGGUGUAGAGAUCAAGCCUCAAAGCAGGCAAGCCUAG